AAGGUCAUCAGAACUGCUCCGUUUAUCGUUAAUAAUGUUUCGUGUCGUGGUGACGAUCGUUUUUUGUGCUGCACACUUCGCGCAAGGAGAUCCCUUAGGUUAUUACUGGAGGGAUUUCGAUGGAAGCAUACCGCCAGAUGCCUACCCCGGAGGCUUAGACGUUCGCAACCAAUCGAUCUACAUAGGUCAAGUAUAUGCGACUUACCUAAUUCCCGCCAAAAUUUACCAGAACGACAGUACCGCUUACCAUGAGUACGGUGGCAAGGAAUUUGGUGUGAAAGAGAACAUAAUGAUUUUAUGCACGGAACAACCGGAGCUAUUCGAAUGGAUCAAAACGGAUAAUGAUCACAUACACGAAAUUACCGACAAGUACUUGGUCAAGGGCGGGUACGAGCCGGGAUGCACCACGUACAUCGGAAGGGUUUUAAUUAGAGGCGAGCUCUCGAUCGGAAAAGCGCUCGCAGACAACUCCCCGCAGCAUGCCGGCUUGCAUGUUACCAGAAACGGGAGAGGCUUCCGUUUUUCCAGUUUUGAGGUGCUUUCCUUUUCCCCAAAUCCGAGAGACCUGAUUGACGUGCGAUAUAAAGCCCCUAAGGUUCAGUGAAUGUAGUGUGAUUACGGAAUUAAAUAAAAAUACCACAAAUCA